AUUUCAUGAAACCCAUGUCAUGAUCAACCACAUGCCAAACUUACUCUGAGGCUUUCAGUUCAUAUUCAGUAGGUGGGAAUUUAACGCGUUCAGAUUCCUGUUCGAUCAACCUCCUACACCCGCCUUCAUGGUCCCUUGGGACGCAUCAUGACCAUCUUCAAUCUCGCGUCAUGAAUUCCAUCACCAGCAGCAGCCAGGAUCUCACCCCGUCCACCCCUCCAGCCUGGCUAGCCAUAACCAUUACACUCCUCUACUACAUUGUGUAUCCAAUCUUCCUGGUCCUCAAGGCACUAUUAUACAUUUUACUGGUCCUGUCUACACCCUUUAUAUACAUUGGCCGACUUCUCCUCGACCUCUUCACCCUCCCAUGGCGCAUCUUCACUCGCUUCGAGGCGCUUUGGUAUUUCCUCGGUAGUGCUGUGGCGAUCGGCCUCGUUCUCGGCUUGACCCUCCAUUUGACGAUGCGCAUAUUUAUUCUUGUCUUUCACCUCGAUCAAAAGUCUCCUUCCGCGCCUCAAAGUACAUCCAUGCCAAAACCCAUACCCGCCACGGGUCACGACGCCGCAUCGUACCGAAAAGCAAGAGAGGGGAAGAAGAAACAGGCUCAGGCCCAAGAGCAGGAAUCUCUUGUGGCCCAGGCCAAGAUGCUAGCCUCACAACCAUUGAUUCAAGAGGUGGUUCGUGAAGCGAGGAAGAUGCCGUUGUCGACAGGUUCGCUCAGUCCGCUGGGCCCACCAAGUCCAAGUGCAUUGCCUCCUUCAUUCAAGGGCCUCGGCUUGUCGCAAGAGACGAUUCUCGAGCACACCGACGAGGAAGACGAUGAUUCGGUCUUCUGACCCAGGUAUCCUUUGCGCUCAUCGCAACCCAGCUUUGACCAGAGCUGCCUGAAACAUGUCCUUACACCGCACUCGACUUCCCAACCGCGCACACAGGAGAAAUGCGCCACUGAGUUUGCGAUGCAGACUGUAGGUCUCCUCAGGUGGCGGAGCCAAUCGUUCCCGAAGCAUCACGGGGAUCAAGUCCCUCACUCGAUCCGUAAUGGUCUGGCCUUUGAAGUCAUAGACAUCGGGCGCCCAAUCCAUAAAGGGCUCAGCCAAGGUCAUGACAGAGUCCAAAUGCGCCUUGGUCAUCGCUUUUGACUCGUAUCCCGUUAGAUACCCCAGCUGUAUAGAAUAGUCAAC